UUCAUCUUGCUUUUUGGUGUUCGGAUGCUAACGGGCCAGCAAAAGACGGUUCGGGAUAUUCGUGACUUUGAGGACGAUGAUAUAGAUCUUGAGACUGAGCGCCUCAAGGCUAUUUCACUGGCUGCAAGUACUCUCGCUAAUGAUGCAAAUGCGGAGGUCCACUGA